AUGCUAACCCGGUGGUGUUUUCUAGUUUCAAUUGCUUUAUUAUGUUUCAUUCUAAAUGGGUCAUUUCAAGUAGAAAUCCACGUCUGUGACUCAACAAACUCAAAUAAUUCGUUCAUAUAUUGCAAUGGACCGAUAUUGGAUGCUGUAAACUAUCAUGCACUGUACAAUGAUUCGAAAGAGUUUGUUGAUAUGCCGAUGAAGCAAGAUCCUUUGGAAGUGUAUAACGCAUGGCUGGCUAAAUUUGGAAACUCAUCAGCUUCAAGCUUGAAUAAGACGGAUGUCCAGGCAUUUGUGAACCAAUAUUUCAGUGCUGCUGGAACUGAAUUGGUUGCUUGCACUCCGGAUGACUGGCAGGAAAAACCUCCUAAACUAGCAACGAUUCUGGAUCCGCAGCUUCGUGAAUGGGCCUACAAGUUGAAUGCGAUCUGGAAAACAUUGUGCCGUAAAAUCGAUCCAACCAUUGUCCAGCACAACUCUCGCUAUUCAUUAUUGUAUGUUCCUCAUCACUUCAUUGUUCCUGGAGGUAGAUUCCGAGAGUUCUAUUAUUGGGAUGCUUAUUGGAUCAUCAAGGGGCUCAUUGCAUGCGAGAUGUAUAACACCACCAAGAGUAUGAUCAGGAACUUGGCAACGAUGGUAGAUCAACACGGAUUUGUUCCGAACGGAGGGCGUGUUUACUAUCUUCAAAGAUCCCAACCUCCCCUUCUCUCUGCAAUGGUUUAUGAGCUUUACGAGGCGACAAAUGACAAAGAUUUCAUUGCGGAACUUUUGCCAACUCUCUUGAAAGAAUCGAAUUUCUGGAAUCAAAAAAGAACAGUGAAUGUGACAUUGAAUGGAAAAGAAUACGAGGUUUAUCAGUAUAAAACUCCGAGUAAUGUGCCAAGACCAGAGUCCUACCGAGUUGAUACUCAAAACUCAGCUAAAUUGGCAAAUGGUGCAGAUAAACAACAGUUCUAUCAGGAUCUUGCCAGUGCAGCCGAGUCUGGAUGGGAUUUCUCCACAAGAUGGUUUUCUGAUUACAAAUCCUUGACAAACAUCGAGACAACAAAAGUAUUGCCUGUUGAUCUAAAUGGACUUAUUUGCUGGAAUAUGGACAUUAUGGAAUAUCUAUACGAGCAAGUCGGAGAUACAACCAAUUCCCAAAUUUUCCGAAACAAAAGAGCGGUAUUCCGGGAUACUGUUCAAAAUGUGUUCUAUAACAAAACGGAUGGAACUUGGUACGACUACAACCUGAGAUCCCAAUCUCACAAUCCAAGAUUUUACACUAGCACUGCGGUUCCACUUUUCACUAACUGCUAUAACACCCUUAAUACUGGAAAAUCUCAGAAAGUCUUCGAUUAUAUGGAUAAAAUGGGAGUAUUCAAUUAUCCAGGAGGAAUUCCAUCAUCCAUGUCUCAAGAAAGUUCUGAGCAAUGGGAUUUCCCGAAUGGUUGGAGUCCAAACAAUCACAUGAUUAUUGAGGGAUUGAGAAAGUCUGCAAAUCCUGAAAUGCAAGAUAAGGGAUUCCUCAUUGCAUCCAAAUGGGUUAUGGGAAACUUCCGAGUGUUCUACGAAACUGGACAUAUGUGGGAGAAGUACAAUGUCAUCGGAAGCUACCCGGCGCCGGGAUCUGGAGGAGAGUACGAUGUGCAGGAUGGUUUUGGUUGGACGAAUGGAGCUAUUUUGGAUCUCCUCUUGACCUACAGCGAUCGACUCUUCGUUCCUGAGAAUUUGGUCAAUGUGACUACAACUCCAACUAAAUCGCCAUCAGUUGAAACUACUACAAAAGUGUCUUAUCUUUUGAACUCGUGGAUUGUUUUCCUUGGAGUCCUAUUUUAUGAGCUUUUCUGA